UGUUUUAUUAUUUUGUCUUUUUAAAGAUCUAAAUAAGUAAAAAAAAUUGUUUUGUGCGGAAACUUGUCAUAAUCUAAACAAGCAAUAUGCUAGGUAUAUAUAAUGAGAUGGAGAGCCAUGCCGUGGAACCAAAUCCUUUGCUUUGUAUCCCAAGAUAAACCCUAAUUUCUACACCGGAACUAGAAUAUGGCUGGCUGUGAAUCUCAGAUCUAUCACGAGCGACAACGACUGCAAUUUUGCCUCUUGCACUCCCUUAACAAUCUAUUUCAGGUGAUCCAUAUUUUUCAGUAUUCAAUUUCAUCUUGCUAAUUAAUAAUGUGAAAUUAGGGUUUGAGAGUUUUGUUAUUGCUCUUGUUUUUACUUAGGACAAGGACGCAUUCACGCGAGAAGGCCUGGACUCAAUCUCUGAGGUAGGCCUGGGCAUUCGGGUCUUCGGAUCGGGUUCGGGUCGGGUAUUGUCGGGUCCGGGUCCUUCGGGUCCUAGCAAUUUAGACCCAUAUAGGUACCUAUAACUUUUCGGGUCGGGUCUUGUCGGGUCCGGUUCGGUUCGGGUCUAUAAUUUCAAUACCCGUAAAAUACCCAAAAUUUUCAGGUAUAUUUCGGAUCCGGGUUGGUUCGGGUAUUUAGGACCCGAAAUAGACCCGAAAUACCCAAACUGGACCCGAAAACUCUAAAAAUAUCUGAAGAACCGCAAACAUACCCAAAAUUUUAUCCAAAAUCAGACCCGAAAGCCCAAAACAUACCCGAAUUUUACCCGAAUACCCAAAUUAUAUUUUCUAAAAAUCUAAAAUUUCACCAAAAACCUACAAUUAUACCCGAAAAUCCAAACCCGAACCGGAACCGAUGAUCCUUGCCAAGAAACGUGGACACCUCUCUCUUUACUCCUCAAGCCUCACCACAACACGCUCACCGGGAACUACGACGUAAACGUGAUGAUUGCAGCUCUUGAAGGAAAAGGCAAGAGUGUUGAGUGGCAUGACAAGCGUUAUGGAGCUUACUCGAUUAAUCUUGGUGCAGAUACUCUAAUGGGUAUCGUGUUGAACGUUCCGGUCACGCGAUAUGUGGGACUUUGGAGAAGCAGGCGUUGGGUUGUGAUGAGAAAAAUCAAUGGAGUAUGGUAUAAUUUGGAUUGUGAUCUUACUGUGCCACAGCCGUUUACAAGCGAAGAUGAAGUCAAGGGGUUUUUGGAUCAAAAUCUGAGUUUAGGUGGAGAGAUUUUGCUAGUGAACAAUGCUUAAACAUCAACACAAUGGCAUGUACUGAUGUACCAGCUCCUGUCUUGUAGUUUAAAUUUUAUUUAACCAUAUAGGCCAUGAAAUAAAAAAUCGUUACCAUUAUAUAUAUAUUUACUCUAAUUGCAGAUUAACCCUGCUUUUUCUCAGUUAUCCAUGAGACUUUCUAGCUGAAAUACAGAUAGAUGAUCAAUUACGCGAUUACUUAAGACUGCAUUUGUAUUCAAGAAAUAAAUCUUCUUGAUAUUUCAAAUUCAUUUUUUGAUUUUUCUAGAUAUGAGUAUUAUUCAAUGAAUAAGUAAUUUAAGAAACAGGGUUGUACAUAGGGAUGUCAAAAUAGAUAAAAGUGAAUAGGUCAAUCCAACUCAAUCACACCAUGCAUUUUAAUGGAUAAAUUAUGUAUAAAUGGAUGAACGAUAAAACGGAUUUAUGAAUUACCCAUAACCAAACCAAUAUAAACUCGAAUCAAAUAUAUAAACAAAAGAUAAUCAACCAACAUUUUAAACCAACUUUACUAAACUAAGUUUAAUUUAUUUUUCUCAUAUAUCUAAAAUAAUUUUAACAAAUCAAAUAUAACCUAAACUUCUCAUAUAUAUAUAAUAUAUAUAUAUAUAUAGACAUUGUAUCUCUGUUGUUUUAAUAAACUAAAUAUGAAGAUGAAGUUAAAGGGUUCUUGGAUGUGAUGUGUGCGAACAAUCGAUAGAGUAUGGAACGUGGAUAGUAAUCUCUAUGUGCCAAAGCCCUUCAAAGAUGAAGAUGAAGUUAAAGGGUUCUUGGAUCAUAAUCUGAGUUCAGGUUCAGAGAUCUUACUAGUGAAAAAUGCUUCAAGGUCAAGAACGUGAGUUUCAUUUUCAUCAUAGAUCAUUGUUCUUCUCUCAAUGCAAUAUUUUUAUUUAUUUAUUUGAGAACUGCUCUCAAUGCAAUUUCUCACGUGUAAAUGGUUACUAUGCAAAGUAUGAUGUUUAUUGUAACUUGUAAGUCAUGAAACUGCCUCGGUACUAUUUGCUUUUGAGGUUCGUGUGUCUACCAUUGACCUUUCUCUUCUCUUCUCUUUUCUUUUUCUUAAUUAGCCUCAUACUCAAGGAAGGUAUUUAUUUGCGAUCUAUAAAGGUAAGUUUACAUUGGCCUCUCCGAGAGUCAAAAGAGUUUGUCCACAUUUCUUUUAUGCACACACAUGAGUGAUCAUCAACCCGAAAGCUUAUUAGAAAGAACCUUCUCGCUUAAACAAAUGGUUUUAUUCCCUUUGUGUACCACUAUAUAAUUACUUUCCAUGGUGGCAAUGUAGAAAAGCUAGACAAAGUCUUGAUCUUUUGCUCUUGGGCUAUCUUUGUUUUUCCAAACUUCGGCGCUAGAGAUUCUGAUAUCUUUAUAUCUGUUAGUUAUUUCAAUUCUUUUCACAUAAAGUAUCUCAAAAUAAGUUUGAAAUUGAACUUACUUUAUUUUUCCAUUUGUAUAAGAUGUUAGUGUCUACACUAAUCAUUCCUAAAGUGUAAUUAUGUCAUUAAUGCUAAAUUAUUAAUAAUCAAUGGCUUCUCUAGUCUCUACCUGAACUCUAUCAGGUAACUGUUUCAGGCUUUCAGCAUCGAUCCCUUUAUAUUAUAUAAACCCCUCACUCUCCUCAACUCUGUUCCCAUAAACUGCUCUCACUCUCUUUAGAUAUGUCGGCUACAGGAACAAAACGGCGCAAUGCAAACACUAGACCAGUAACUUGUGGUAAGCAAUCCUCAGUCAAGGGAUCGUAUGGUAAGAGUCCGGGAUGCACAACAAGCUGUGGCUUGAGGCUACCGAGGAAAACAGAAGCCACUGCAGCAAGACUAGUCAAGCUUCUCAGCUGUAAACUCGUUAAAGGGUUACGUCUAGUCGUGACGAGGAAGAAGAAGAAGAAGAAGAAGAGGUCGCCACCAUUGAAGCCUUCUUCCACUGGAAGAUCUCAGCCUUCGGUCAUCUCUGUCCCUAAUGAUACCUGUAGAUCAGAGGCCAUAGAAGACUGCAUACAGUUCAUAAACUCCUCAACCUCCUUCAUAAGAUCAAGUUCUGUCAGUGGCCGUACAUCUUAAGCUUUUAGUCAUACCCAUAAAUUUUCAAGAUUCUCUUGUAUUUUGAUCACUCGUUGGCGACGCAAGCAUAUUAGAGAACUGAAUGUAUUAUCUACAUAAUAGAAUAUAUAUAUAGUCAUAUAGAGCAUAAGAGAGAUGUAUUUAAGUGAUCAUGUGAGCUUCGUUUAUGUACAAAAAGUCAUCUUUAUAUCUUUUGUGUUUAGCCUAAAUUGAAAUCAAUCAUAUGCUUUUGUAGGAACUCAAAAAUUAUCAAGUCCUAAUAGUGUUGUAGGAUAUGACCAGUUGCGUAUGUGCCAAGAACUCCAGCAUUGUUAGACAGACCAAGUAACCCUCCCUGACCACAACAUUAACAACAACGUGAAUACAUUAAUUUGUUUUUGAGUAGCAUGAUUGGUUUCGACUUAAAAUGGUAAUUGCCCACUUAGAGCAUCAUUAACCUGACAACACAUAAUGGGGUGCUUAAAAUUUUUUAUUUUUUUUAAUUUUUUUCCUCACUAAAAAAAUUAAAAAAUUAAAAAAUGGAUCAAUUGCGGACCGCCACGUGUCAGUAGGAUCCG